ACGCCGCCUGCGCCGUGUUUAUUCUGUGUGCUUUUUUUUUUUUUUUAGCCGCUUCAAAAGCUAACUAGAGCUAAUCCUGGUGUUUAAUCAUGCUCUGACUUUUUUUUUAACAACUGACAGGACCGGAGGACAGAGAUGGCAGUCUGUGCGCUGACCAUGUUGGAUGGGAUGGGGGAUGAGGUGGUGGCGGCAGGCGGCAUGUUGCUCCUGGUCAUCGCCCUCAUCUUGGCUUGGCUCUCGACCCACGUGGCCGACCGGGGAGACCACAUUCUGGGCACCAUCCUCACGGUGGGUGCUCACGCCUCUCUUAUAGGUCUGGGAGGUCAUGAGAACUACAGCGGAGGAUCUGCCGGUGCCGACGCCCCCGAGCAGCAGACCGCUCCACCUUCGCAGGAGAACAAGCCAGAUGAAGACGAGCCUGCGGCUGAAAGAGGAGAGGGUGAGGGGACAGGGGAGGGGGCUGAGGGAGUGUGGACUGACCUGAUGCUGGACAUUCAGAGCAAAAACCCUCAAACUGGAAGAAUACACGCUUCUGAUGAAGAGGAGGAUGAAGUGGAUGAGGAGGAGGAGGAUGAGGAGGAGUUAAGGCAGGUAGAAAAGAGGCCAGUGAAGUCCACAAGUGUUUUGACCACCACCGCUGCCACCUUCAUCUCUGUCCGAUUGAAGUUUUUAAACGACACAGAGGAAGUGGCUGUUGUGGAACCGCAGGACACAGUUGGGAUACUGAAAAGCAAAUGUUUCUCAGGUCGGGAGCAUCAAAUUAAAUUAAUCUAUCGAGGCCAGCUGCUGCAGGACCCUAAGAGGACUCUGAUUUCCCUAAACAUCACCGACAACAGCGUGAUCCACUGUCACGUCUCCCAUACCGCACAGGAAGCCGGUCAGGAGGAAGGGGGUCAGCCUGGGGCAGGAGUCGGAUCUGGCGUGUCUGGAGGGUUCAGAGCAGUGAGUGUGGCCAUCAGCACCAGCAGCCUGAUGGUGCCCGUGUUCGUGGUGAUCCUGGCCGUAGUGUGGUACUUCCGCAUCAACUACAGGCAGCUCUUCACCGCCCCCGCGACCAUCUCCCUUGUGGGAGUCACUGUGUUCUUUAGCUUUCUAAUUUUUGGGAUGCACAGCCGCUGAGAAGGCGUCUCACACCUUCAGAUAAAUAUCAUGAAGUAAAAAAAAAAAAAAAAAAAGCCCAGCAGUAGGCUGGCAGCUGGAGAGAUGGACUGAUUAAGAAGCAGCUCAAUGCUGCAGCUGAUGGGGAGGUGUGUGUGGGUGGAGGAGAGCCUAUUAGUGCAUGUACCAAGGAGGGAAAAAAAACACUAAAUAGUAAGCC